AUGCAGAUCCUUCUUCGUUCAGUCCCUGAAGCCACCGCUCAACUAUGGCUUCAGCAACCCCCUGAUUCUCUAGCUCGCUUGACUCCUGAAGGUUUUUUCACUUUUUUGACUAAUCUCUAUCAUAUUUCUCCCCGACAUGUUCUUAAGGCACGUGAGUCUGAACUCCGCAAUCUACGUUGUUCUUCUUUGUCACAAGUUCCUACUUACAACACGACUCACCGCGCAUUAUCUUCUGAACUUGGUUGGAAUGAGAGUCAACGGAUUGAUGGCUACCUUGCUGGGUUUACUCAACCUGACUUGGUUCGUCACACCGAUGAUGUCGAUCCCGAGUAUGAUUAUGAUCAACUUCAGCGUCACUUCCAAGCGUUCGCUUUGCGUCUUUAUGACAAACGUCGUACUGACACCUCUUCCAAUGCUAAUAACAAUGGUUCUCGUUCUUCUGCUUCACGCUCUGCAUCUCGCAAACUCUCUUCUGAAGAGAGACGACGUCGCGAAAAAGAGAAGCUUUGCCUUUAUUGCGCAUCUCCAGACCAUGCUGUAGCACAGUGUUCUGUUAAGCCUGUGUCUAAUUCCUCGUCUUCCCAGUCUUCUUCCUUUCCUAAACCUUCGUCAAAAUCUUCUGGUUCUACUUCUCGUUCCAAGGUUGUUACUCCUUCUUCUCGUGUUCACAUGAUCACAGUGAAAACUGAGCCUGUUGAAUCCGCUUCUUCGGAUUUCCCCGAUUCAUUCCAUGAACAAGCUCUUUCAGAUCAUGAUCUCUCCGAUCUUAAUGAAGAUGAUUUUGUCGAUUCCCCCUCUUCUGGUUCCUCCAGUUCCGCCACUUCCAAUUCUUCCACUCUUCAAUCUAAUGCCUUUUACUUAUCCCACUUGAUGUUCGCAGAAGUUCCUGCUUGUGUUCCUCAUGAGUUUCUAGAAGUCUCUUUUGGCCCGAUUACUGGAUCUGAGACAUCUGUUCAAGCACAUGUCGAUACUGGUGCACAAUCUAGUCUUAUUGAUUAUGAUUUCGCAGCUCGCCAUAAUCUUGGUGUUAUCUCUGCCGAUCUUGAUCUCUAUGCCUAUAAUGCAACUGCCCCUUUUGCUCGAACUCAUUUUCAGGUUCCGUUAAGUAUCAAUUGGCAAGGUAAAUUUUAUCGUGUUAAGUUUGUGGUUGUUCCUAAUUGCCCAUAUCCCAUGGUACUUGGUGCAGGGUUUCUUAAAUUCCCUUUCGAAUUUAAUCUUUUCCAACCCCAUCCACUUCAGCCAUUACCUCCCCGCGCUGUCACUCCUACUUGUGGUCCCUUCAUGCCACAAGCUCCUGUACCUUCUCAACCCGCUUCGUUUGCUUCCUGUCGGUCUUCUUACAAACCGCCUCAUAAUCAACACAAACGUAGUUAUAAGUACAAACACCGUAGAUCCCCUCACAAUUCUACUCCUACUUCCCGGAUUUACUUGGUUACUACUGUUGAAAACGUCGAUCCCCCUUCUUUUAUUCCUUCUCGGAUUCUUAAGGUCUUUGAUACUGUCCCCACUUCUUUGCCUCCUCAUCGAUCUGAAUUGAUAUGA